GCCCGCCGCCGCCUGGAGGGGCUGCUCUGCGACGUCUUCGGCCCCGGCGAGGUGCACACGGCCGUCUUCGGCCCCGGCCGGCCGCAGGGCGCCCUGGACAUACAGCGCGCCUCCCGGCAGGUGCCCAGAACCCUCCGCAUGGACCGCCAGACGCAGACGGAUGGCUCUGGAUCCAGUUAAAGACCCAGAGCCCAUACUUCUGGGACAGAGGGCGCUGGGCCUCCCGAGGAGGGAGCCAGGAAAUAAGACGGCUCAUGUAGGUUCACGUUCAGACUGGGAGGACCCACCAUGAAGAAGGUCAAGAAGAAAAAGGCCACAGCCAGACGUCGCCGGGACUCCACCUCUCCACAGGCGAGCUCUGACUCCUCGCAUCAGCCCAGCUCUGAAGCUGCCCAGACUUGCCCCGAGCCCAUCCUGCAGCAACCUUGCCCGCCACAGUCUCACCUCGACAGCAGCCCCCCGAUGGGCAGAUCUCAACCCAACACUCAAGACUCCAUGCCCCAAGCUCUUCCAGCUCCUGAACCCCGCCUCUCCACUCGGUGCCUCUUAAGCUCAAAGGCUAAUUCCUCAGCGGUUCCACCAUUCUGGAAAGCAGGGCCUCUGACCUAUGCGGGCCUGCGCUCCUGCUCCUGCUCCACCUGCCCGGGCAGCUCGGCUUGCUGGCGUCGCCUGGGGCUGUGCCACAGCCGCAUCUUCGAUGUCCUUCUUCCUCGGGACUGUCAGGCCAUACCAGAGAGCGGAUUCCCAAACCUCCUCACCUUCUACAGAAGACCCUCCGGAAAAUCCCCUGGACGCUAUCCACGUGCUCCAAACCCUUGGGACUGUUGCUGUAGCACUUGGGGUCCUGGGAGCUGCAUAUUACAUCACUGAAUCCUAAAGAAGAAUACCCCAGGCCCAAGCCUGGCAGGUACAUCUAUCCUCGAUGGCA